AUGCUGCGCCAAAUAAAACCCCGGAAUGCUCGCUCCAAGCGGGCUCUCGAGAAGCGGGCGCCCAAGGCCGUCGAGAACCCCAAGUCGGCCCUCUUCCUUCGCGGCACUUCCUGCAGCCAAAUUAUCCAAGAUGCCCUCGCCGACCUGUAUGCAUUGAGGCAGGACAACGCCAAGCGCUUUCAGAAGAAGAAUCCCAUCCACCCCUUUGAAGAUGCCAGCUCGUUAGCCUUCUUCUCGGAAAAGAACGACUGCAGCCUGCUCCUGUUCGGCAGCAGCAGCAAGAAGCGCCCGCACAGCAUCACCUUCACCCGCACCUUCGAUUACAAGAUCUUCGACAUGCUCGAGUUCUAUCUUGACGGCGAGACCUUCCGGAGCAUAGCCCAGUUCAAGACCGAGAAGGUGCCCGUCGGCACGCGGCCGCUGAUGGUGUUUGCCGGGACAGCCUUUGAAUCCCCCGUCCCCAACGCCUUCACCAUGGCCAAGUCCAUGCUCACCGACUUCUUCCGCGGCGAGGUCUCGGACAAGAUUGACGUCGAAGGGCUGCGGUACUGCGUCGUCGUCACCGCUGACGAGCCCACCACCGCCGCGGACAACAACAACAGCGACAGCGACAUCGCCGCCAAGCCAGUCCUCCGGCUGCGCGUGUACACGGUGCGGACGCAGCGGUCGGGCCAGAAGCUCCCCCGCGUCGAGUUGGAGGAGCACGGCCCGCGCAUGGACUUCCGGCUGGGCCGCAGCCAGGAGCCCGACGACGCGCUGCUCAAGGAGGCCAUGCGGCGCGCCCGCACCGGCGAGGAGCGCACCAAGAAGAACGUCUCCACCGACAUCAUGGGCGACAAGAUCGGCCGCAUCCACACGGGCAAGCUCGACCUCAGCGAGCUGCAGACUCGCAAGAUGAAGGGCCUCAAGCGCGAGCGGGACCCCCACCUCCUUGACGACGAGGGGCCGGCCGCGGACGAGGAGGCCACGGUCGUGGAGGAGCAGCAGCCGAGGCGGAAGAGGAAAGUCGCUGCGUAG